AUGCUGGUCGUAUUUACCGGACGCCCUCCAUUUGUGGAGGCUGAUGAAGCGGAUCAGCUGGUCACAAAAUGGGCGUCGGACUGCCUCUCCUCGGGGGACUUGGACAGCCUCAAGCACCCCACCAUGGACGCCCCUGCAGAUGCUGUGAUGCGUGUGGUUGAGCUCGCCCUCUCUUGCACCGCCGAGCGCACUGCAGCCCGCCCAAGCAUGGCGCACGUCGCCAACGAGCUGCAGGCCAUCCGGGAGGAGGUGCUGGGGAUAGAGAAGCUGAUUGCGGCAGUGAAGGUGGAUGAGCAGGUCCAGGAGAAGGAGGCUGUUUCCACUGCGUUAAGCCUCGACGGGCAGCUUCAGUUUCUUGAUGACAACUAA